CCCGAAGAAGUACAAAUUGAUCAAGUGAAGACGGAAAGUGGUCAAACGCAGAAGAUCAAAAGCAUCAAGCGAGUGAUCAAGAAGCGAAAAGGACCCAAGAAAGAAGUAACAGAAAUAACAACGAUCGAGAAAGAAGGUGAAGAACCCGUCACAAGUGUUGUCGUGAAAGAAGAAACUGCGCCAGAUUUCGAAGAGAUUCCUGAAGUGCAACAAGUGCUGGAGCUCCCAGAAGAGACCAAGGAAGAGGAAGUUCCGAGUGACGAUGGUAAGCCUCGUAAAAUUAAAACAAGUAAGCGUAUAAUUAAAAAGAAAUCAGGUCCCAAACUCGAAACAACAGAAAUUACAACAACACAACUAGACGAUAACCAACCGAUCAUUACAGUCCACACAACAGAGGAAACACUCGAUGACACCACAUCUCCACUUGACACAUUACCCGAAACACGAAAUGCUAAAGUGAUCGAAGAAGAACCCGAAGAAGUACAAAUUGAUCAAGUGAAGACGGAAAGUGGUGAAACGCAGAAGAUUAAAACCAUCAAGCGAGUGAUCAAGAAGCGUAAAGGACCCAAGAAU